AUGUCGGAUUCCAACAUAACUGAAUUUACGAACCCCUCUAGCUUCAUCCUGCUGGGCAUUCCUGGCCUGGAGAGGGCCCAUGUCUGGAUCUCCAUCCCCUUCUGCACCAUGUACAUCAUAGCCAUCCUGGGGAACUUCACCAUCCUGUUCAUCAUGAAGAUAGAGCCGAGCCUCCAUGGGCCCAUGUACUAUUUCCUCUGCAUGCUGGCCAUCACUGACCUGGUCCUGUGCACGUCCACCCUGCCCAAAAUGUUGAGCAUCUUCUGGUUCAAUUCUGGGGAGAUCAAUUUCAGUGCCUGCCUCAUCCAGAUGUACUUCAUUCACUGUGCCUCAGCGAUGGAGUCUGGGAUCUUGGUGGCCUUGGCUCUGGAUCGCUAUGUGGCCAUCUGCCAUCCCCUGAGACAUUCCACCAUCCUGACAAACCCUGUGGUGGCCAAGAUCAUCCUGGCCGUGGUGCUGCGCAGUGGAAUGGUUGUACUGCCCUAUCCUUUCUUGGUAAGACAGUGGCCAUAUUGCAGAACCAACAUCAUCCCCCAGCCGUAUUGUGUACACAUAGCCAUGGUGACGCUGGCCUGCGCCGACACCCGUGUUAGUAGUUACUACGGCCUCUUUGUGAUAUUCUUUGUGAUGGGUCUGGAUGGGAUUUUUAUCGCUGUGUCCUAUACCCAGAUCCUCAGGGCCAUCUUCAGCCUCCCCACAAAGGAUGCCCGGCUCAAGACUUUUGAAACCUGCGGCUCCCACUUUUUUGUCAUUUUAGCCUUUUACAUCCCAAGUCUUUUCAUCUCCCUCCUGUACAGAUUUGACCAGAAUGUGGCCCUGCAUUUCCAUGUUCUCAUUGCCAAUGUGUACCUCUUGUUCCCCCCCAUGCUAAACCCCAUCAUCUACGGGGUGAGGACCAAACAGAUCCGGGACAGGCUGCUCCGGCUCUUUACUCAUAAAGGGGCCUAA